GUACAAGCACACACAGUAUGAUGCAAAAGCACCGCGUAUUAGACGCAAUUAUGCCAGUAAGCCAGUAGUUUCCGGGUUGGGUACAUAGGUAAUUCACGUUCAUCACAUCACGGAGCGUGCUGCCUGUGGGAGCCGGAUCGGGACCAUCUGCGGCGCUAAUUGGACAGGACAACGCUUAUACCUUGACAAUUAUCUUGUCGGCAGCGUCAGGUAGUGUACGCUGAUGCGCAGAAAGACGUCGCGCCGCUACGGAAAUACUCCCUGAUUGCCGGCAUACCGUGCUGUUGAAACUCAUACGCAUUACUGUUCCUUAAUCGCAACUGGUGUUGUUUGACUGGCUACGAAAGGUCACAGUUAACAGUUGAAGUUAUUUUAUUCCGUAUAGCGAACCAUAAUGAACAGCAGUUUAAAUCUAACUGGGAACAGGAACGCCACAACGGAAUGGGAUUCUCACGGAAGUUUUUUAACCUUCACCGCCAUCACGUUAAUUUUCAACGUAGGGAUGUUGGUGAUUCUCCUUAAAGACAAAGGCAUCCAAGCCUCGUUUACCGUAUAUAUGGUGGGUUUGUUACUUAGCAAUAUCCUGUACACCGGACUGGUUAACCCCACCGAAAUCCUCCGUCAAGUCCACGGCGAUCUGUGGCUGGGGAAACGCGGCUGUGAUCUGCGCACUGCAAGCGAAUGGAUCUUCUCCGCCAUCACGAAACAUUCCCACCUCUUGAUCACCCUCAACCGCGGCUGGGCGUUGGUGUUCCCACUGAGUUACAAAGAGAAGCAUACGAUCACGGUGGCCUGUAUGAUCUUCGCCGGGAUGAUCGUGUACGUGCUGGCGUUGGUGUUGCCGGGUGUAAUAUUAGAUGCUCUGUAUUAUCGCCACCCGUUGAGCGAAGGGUGUGGAUUGAACACGGACGCCCAGUUCACCUGGUCAGUGGUGAUUCAGUUCGUUAUCUUUGAUUUUCCGGUGGUCUUCAUCGCCGGGAGUUAUCCGUUCCUGCUGUGGAUGCAUAUUAAGCGCAAGAAACGGAGCAUCCGCGUAAAGGAUAGUAAAGCCAAUGGGACUCAGAUGACGGAUUACAGCGAUAAGAAUGCUAUAUUGAAAAUCAACCAGAAACCGAAGGAGAAAAAGAAUAAGUCGAAACCGUUUGUGGUGCUGACGCUGCUGACCACCGGGACGGUUAUUUGCUGGACGCCGACGAUGGUGUACUACACGAUUGCCUGCUUUACAUCCACGGCGAAUAUGGGACAGUUUUUUAAUGUGGCGAUUUUUGUGUAUUCACUGCAAGGCUUGCUGGACCCGGUGUCGUUUGCCUUCAGUGUCACGUGGUUUCGGGAAUGUUUACAGAAAGGUUGGAAGCAGCUGACGUGCCAGGUUUAAUUAGCACUCGGCAACUGCACCGCAGUCCAUAUGACUGCCGUAAUCUUACGGAAUUAAAACCGACCUUUUCGUGCAAUUUCUUUAAGGCCGCGUACACUUUAACCUCAUUAUGGAGCGUUGCACUGUAGACUACCGAUAAAAGAACCUUGUUUGUUCGUUGUUAAGUGGAUUUGCCUGCAAAGAAGUGCCGGUCUGCCAUCCUGGAGCUGUUUUCUAGUCAUCUUGUCAAGCUGAAGUGGAUCUGAUCCUGGAUGUACUUUUGUAAUAUCGAUCACAAUUACGUAGCGCUAUAGAAUAUAACUGUCGUUCCGUCGUUAAUUUUGUACUACGAGUGUAACUAAUUUAUGCAGUUAUUGAAGUAUACUGUAUUUGUUAGUCGGAUGCUUCGUCGAUCUUCAUCUGAGAUUGCGACUUUUCUAAACUAUUAUUUAUUUCUGUAUUUCAUUACAUUUAAAUGCAAUUUUACUGACCUUUCAGCGCAAACCACUGAUGACAUUUUGACCACUAGAAUUGACACUGC